AUGGCCUUGCAUCCAUCUGGCCCUGUUGUGUUCAUGGAGCCACUGUACCAAGGCCAAGACCGAGACCCCGUGAACGUCAAGUUCUUCCAUGACGCCCGAACGAUUACAGGUCAAAACGCCAAGUCCCACUUCAACAAGUGUACCUCUACUUCGAAUUCACCAAGUACCCUUCGGAUGCGCCUGGUUCGACUACAUGGACCGCCAAGUUCCUCUACCGUCGACCCGAACAUCUACGGACGUGUACGACUACCGUUGCCCGAAGAACCGUGGUUCACAAGUGUCGGGAAUGACUACCGUUGA